AUGGCAGGGGGGAUGUCCACAGAAUGCCCCGAGCCUGGGCCACAAGGGCCACAGGGCCAGUCCCUGCGACCAGGCGGGCAAGGGGCCUCGGCUGUGGGUCAGUGUCCCCCUCCAGCCACACCCGUGCCCUGGAGCCUGCCCCGCUGGAGGGCUUACGUGGCUGCUGCGGUGCUCUGCUACGUCAACCUCCUGAACUACAUGAACUGGUUCAUCAUCGCAGGAGUGCUGCUGGAUGUACAGAAGUUUUUCCAGAUCAGUGACAGCAGUGCUGGUUUGCUUCAGACCGUUUUCAUCGGCUGCCUGCUGCUGUCUGCACCCGUGUUCGGCUACCUGGGCGACCGACGCAGCCGCAAGGCCACGCUGAGCUUUGGGAUCCUGCUCUGGUCAGGGGCCGGGCUCUCCAGCUCCUUCAUCUCUCCCCCGUAUUCCUGGCUCUUCUUCCUGGUCCGGGGAGUUGUGGGCAUGGGCACGGCCAGCUACUCCACCAUUGCGCCCACCGUCUUGGGCGACCUCUUCGUCAGGGACCAGCGCACCCGCGUGCUGGCCAUCUUCUACAUCUUUAUCCCCGUUGGAAGUGGUCUGGGCUACGUGCUGGGCUCGGCCGUGUCGGAGCUGACUGGAAACUGGCGUUGGGCCCUCCGAAUCAUGCCUUGCCUGGAGGCCGUGGCCUUGGUCCUGUUCAUCCUGCUGGUUCCAGACCCGCCCCGGGGAGCCUCUGAGAAGCAGGGGGAGGUGGCCGUGGGGGGCCCGAGGAGCGGCUGGUGUGAGGACGUCAGAUACCUGGGGAGAAACUGGAGCUUUGUGUGGUCGACCCUUGGAGUGACUGCCAUGGCCUUCGUUACUGGAGCCCUGGGCUUCUGGGCCCCCAAGUUUCUGUUUGAGGCCCGUGUGGUCCACGGGCUGCAGCUUCCCUGCUUCCGGGAGCCGUGCAGCAGCCAGGACAGCCUGAUUUUUGGGGCAAUGACCAUCGUGACCGGCAUCAUCGGGGUCAUCGUGGGGGCAGAGGCUGCAAGGAGGUACAAGAAAGUCAACCCAAGGGCUGAGCCCCUCAUCUGUGCGUCCAGCCUGCUUGCCACAGCCCCCUGCCUCUACCUGGCUCUCGUCCUGGCCCCGACCACCCUCCUGGCCUCCUAUGUGUUCCUGGCCCUUGGGGAGCUGCUCCUGUCCUGCAACUGGGCAGUGGUUGCUGACAUCCUGCUGUCCGUGGUGGUGCCCAGGUGCCGGGGGACAGCAGAGGCGCUUCAGAUCACAGUGGGUCACCUACUGGGAGACGCCAGCAGCCCCUAUCUCAUAGGACUUAUCUCCAGUGCCCUGCGGGCUGGGCGCCCUGACUCCUACCUGCAGCGCUUUCUCAGCCUGCAGCAGAGCUUCCUGAGCUGCGUCUUCGUCAUCGCCCUGGGCGGCAGCUGCUUCCUGCUGACGGCACUGUUCCUGGACAGAGACCAGGUCCAGGCCUGGCAUCCUGGCACAGGGACCCCGGACAGCGAGGACCCGGAGAGCCAAGGCCUGCUUUCUGGCACGAGUACGCCUGCAGAGGACCCAUGAAGCCCCUGCCCCACGCCGGUCCUACCCGUACCCCUCCUGUUGGCCCCCACAGUGGCAGCGUCUCUACCCCUCUUUGGCUGUGGCGCAGGGACCUGGCGGAGCUGCACCUGCCACUUCUUCAUUCCCAGCUAGAGAGCUGGCAGGCCCUGGUGGCUGGGCUGGGAAUUGAGCUGUCAGCACCCUCCAUGGGAGGGCUGGGCCUGAGCCUGCACCCAGCACAAGGCCGUGGCAGCCUGGGGUCCUCAGCCUGGCUGCCCCUGGGCCCUAAAUAAAGCAGGGCCAGUACAAAGCCCAAGGAUUUCAGGCCU